AUUCCACCAGCCCUGCUUUAGUUCCUUUUGCAAGAAGAGCUCGGAAUCACAACAAGGAACUAACCCCAAUGAUGAAACUGCCAUGUAAAAUUUUCGCCAGCUUCCUUCUGAUUUGCAACUUUUCCAUGAAAGGUGCAAAGGCUAUGGACGUGGUGGGUAUCGUGGACCAUGACAUCAACCUGGCCAUUCCUGAUUUCCAGUUGGAUGAUUCUAUAGAUGAUAUACGAUGGUACCUAGGACAAACCAGGAUUGGGCAAUUACGCAAAGGCAGGAAUAAAAACCUGCAAAAUGAAACAUAUCACAUAUUCUCAAAUGGAACUCUGCAAAUUAAAAAUCUAACAAGAUAUAGUAGCAAUAGCUACAGGGUCGAAGUAUUUGAUAUAUACGGAAAAAACGUGCUGGACAGAAAAAUUGACUUGAGGAUUCUAGAGAUGGUCUCAAAACCAGUGAUCUCCUGGAAUUGUAUCAAUACAACUCUGACCUGUGAGGUAAAGAAAGGAAGUGAUCCUGAAUUAACACUGUCUCUAAAUAAGAAAGCUGUCAAUACAAGUCAUCAGAAGGUCAUUAUAUACAAGUGGUUCAACAACCUGAAUCCGUCAUUCUCCUGCAAGGCAGAAAACAAAGUCAGUGUGGAAACCAGUGUAGCCAACAUCAGCUGUACAGGGAAAGGUCUGGAUGUCUAUCUCAUCCUCAGCAUCAUCGGAGGAGGCACCAUCCUUAUCAUCUUUGUGGCACUGCUCAUUUUCUACAUCAGCAAGAAGAAAAAACUGAGCAGCAGGAGAAACGAUGAGGAGCUGGAGAUAAGAGCUCACAGAGUAACCACUGAAGAAAGGGUCCGGAAGCCCUACCAAAUUCCAGCCUCCAUGUCUCAAAAGCCAGCAGUUUCCCAGCCUCCUCCACCACCUAGUCAUCGUUCCCAGGCACCUGGUCAUCGUCCCCUGCCUCCUGGCCACCGUGCCCAGCACCAGCAGCAGAAGAGACCUCCUCCUCAUUCAUCAGGCACCCACGUUCACCAGCAGAAAGGCCCACCCCUCCCCAGACCUCGAGUUCAACAGAAACCUCCCCCGGGGGCUGCAGGAAACUCAUAAUUCUGUCUCCUGAAAUAGGUGACCCCUUCCUCUAAUUGGAGCCCUGGUGGCACAGUGGUUAAGAGCUCAGCUGCUAACCAAAAGGUUGGCAGUUCAAAUCCACUAGCCGCUCCUUGGAAACCCUAUGGGACAGUUCUACUCUGUCCUAUAGGGUCCUCUAAUUAUAAAAAGAUUGUAGAAACCAGACCUCUCCAACAAAAAGCACUAUGAAAUAUUUCCACUCAGGUAUGUGCACCUGUCCUACCAUCAAGUGUUUUCAACAUGUAGAACGUUAUUGCCUCCAAGGUCACGUCUGAGCCUUCUAACUCAGCCACGUGGUCUAAUAUCUCCAGUCUUUGGCUCUUCAGAGGGCACCAUCACACCAGACAGUGAUAAACAAGAAAACUAUGCUCCUUAGGUGGAUGGGUGAGUGAGCACAAAAAUCCCAGAGCUCUUCGGUUUUCCUCUCAGAUCAUGUGGAGAUUUGUGAAGUUCAGCGGUGGUUGUGCCUGUGUCUAACUAAAAGCAGCUUAUCUGCUGAGGGACUCUCAGGUUUCCCAUAUGCUCUGGUAGGCACUUGCCCAUGGUUUUGUAAGUAGAUGUGAAAUAAAAGCUUUGACAUAUCCCCAGCGUCUGCUCAUUGUAGAGAGGAGCCCAGCAUAAAGGAGAGGAAGAUGUUGAAUGAGAAGGAAGCUGUUUGGUACGACGAAGGGUGAGAUUUGGUCAUCCCAAGUCAUGUGGACCACCUUAACCUCCAUCAGAACAACCAGCAUAUGUUCCCUAGGUCUCAGCUGCAAAGCUGGGCCCAGUAGUCUGUUUGUAUAAUGAAUUGAGAACCCUAGGCACAAACUUCAACAAGAGGCUGCAGAAAAUGUAAUUAUUUGGUUCUCACUUCCUUGAUUGCUCCAACAGAGCCACAGUGAUCCACAUGGUCAUCCCUGAAAAAAGGGGAAUCCACUAAUGCUGGAGGACCCAUGAGCCCAACAGACAGUAUACAAAGGACAGGCUAAGGGAGAACCCAGUUGAAUCAAAUUCUAAUCGUCUUAAAGGACCAUUAUUAAAUGCUCAGACCCCAUCCCCAGCUAGCAGUUCUGCUAGCUGUACUUUGGGGAAGCGGGGAGAAAAAAACAGUUUUCAGUUAAAGUUCUAAAACACUAGGCAGCGAGAAGGGCCCUGCUUUGAAAUGCUGGUGCCAUGUCUGUGGUCCCGUCAGCCCGCCUUCCCCCUGGCUUCUCAGACUUGUGAAGCCUUGUUAAGCUCUGGCAGGAAGCUCUGAGGUCUGAACCGCAAAGUCAAAGUACACUCAGGGCUUCCUGUGAGAACUCACUGAAGGUCGAACUGCUCUUUCCUCUGACUCGGAGCGUCUUUUGUUUUGGCAUGCAGAGUUAACUAUUAAGGGCACUGAUCAACUCGACAGCGUUGGGUUUUUUGGGUUGAUCAAUAAAACUCCACAGCAUCCUGCAAUUCAAACACAAAAUCCAGCCAGGUAACAGCCAUCACAUGAUCUACCUGGUUGCAGAGAUGAGGGUCCUAGAACUUCCCCUUUCUCAUUCCUCAUUGUAUUGGGAGAUUCUGUUGGCCAUCCUACCACAGCAGCAUAUAUCCUGUUCUCUUCAUAAAGCCCUCUCUGAUCUUUUCUAGCCCUGUGUUCAGCUUUUCUCUUGAAAUCCUGUGUCAUUACAUUUGGUCCAGAACAUGUAUUCAAUCUUUCAUCAUUAAUUCAUUCAAUAAAAAUGUAUUGACCCUCUACUAUAUACCAGGAAACCAUGGUGGCAUAGUGGUUAAGAACUAGGCUGCCUACCAAAAGGUUGGCAGUUCAAAUCCACCAGGCGCUACUUAGAAACCCUAUGGGGAAGUUCUACUCUGUCUGAUAGGGUCACUAUGAGUCAGAAUUGACCCAGGGAUAACGGGUUUGGUUUUGGUUUUGGACUACAUCACAGAGAUGCAAGAUUGUCAUUGCUUUCAAGGAACUCACAACCUAGCUGGAGGGAGUCCAGACUAAAUACAGGAUGCAUGUAACACAGCAUAAGUGUGGGACAGAGGCAAGCACAGUAUGCCAGAGGAAGGACCCUGAAUCCAGAUUCAUUGGUGGGACUUGGAUGAUACAGAAGGCUUCCUGGAGGAGGUGACAUUUGGUUUGUAAUAGAUUAGUAGCACUAGAGAGGCAGAAAUGCAAAACUACCCAUGCAGAGGGAACAGCAAGAGCAAGGCUCACAUUAGCUACCUGCUUACGCAAGUAUGCUGUUCCUUUGUCAACUGCCGUGUUUGAUCUAUUUGAAGAUACAACUGAUUUUAAGUGGCACUGGUAUUUUACAUACCAAUAAAAAAGGAAAAUACUGUCAACUGCAUUAUAAAAAAUGCUAAGACAUGUCAACUUUUAAACACAACCCCA